UAGAUGACUUUUUUUACAAGGACUAAAAAAAUGGUCUACAAAAACCUCUGCUCUAUAAACUAUUCAGAAGAGUACACUGCUCCACAUGAAUAUAAUAAACUUCAACCACCCUCUUUCUGCUGCCGUCGCCUUCACGAGUCCUUCAUUUCUGCACCUUUUUCUCAUCACAUCACUCUCUCCUCCUUGGAUACAGGGAUUCUUUCUUUGACUUCAACAAAACCCCUUUCUACUUCAAUCUAUACAAACUAAUGCAUUACAACAUACAAAUUUCUUGCUAACCACUACACGCAAGUGUAUCUUAUGCCACAGCCAACACCCCUAUUUUAUUCCAUCAUACAAAACUAACUUCACUCUCACGUAAUCACUUUCACAUGACACAAACAAAACAUAGCAAUUAUACACCAACUACGCCCCAAUCUACUCUAUUAUCUACAUUUUUCUAUCUAUUCUGGAGAUCGAGUUUCAAAAUUAUCUCCGAAAUAUUCAUAAUCUGAUAUAGUUUUGGAACAAAUGUAUCUGAAAUAAAUGCGCACAAAAAACAAACAGACACCAGGAAUCUAAGCCACCCACCCUCCUAAUAAAGCCCUUCAAGUCCACACCUUUGAGCCAAAACCAAACACCCUUUUGGCCACUCUUCACAAUGCCAACCCAACCUGACUCGCCCAACACGUUGACCCAAAUGUUUCAGAACAUCUUCUCAGACAACAGUAACAUCAUGCUUGCAGCCAUCAUUUCCCUUCUCCUUGUCAUCCUCUUUGUCCUCCUUCUACACCUCUAUGCCAGAUGGUUCCUUGCUCAGGCACAGGCUCAGGCGCACGCCCGCCGCCGACGCCGCCGCCGCCGCCGAACGACGGUGACCGUCUCCGACGUCCUUGGCCCGGCUAGGUUCCACCAGUUCCACAGCUUCAACAUAGAAGACUCCUCACCCCUCUCAACCAAAGGCCUGGAUUCUUCCACCAUUAGAGCAAUUCCUCUCUUCAUCUACGAGCAUAACAACAGGGCCAAAGAAGAUGAAGAACUUGAAUGUGUGAUUUGUUUGAGUGCCUUUGAGGGUGGUGAAGUGGGAAGGUGUUUGCCAAAGUGUGGCCAUGGUUUUCAUGUGGAGUGCAUUGACAUGUGGUUGAGUUCACACUCCAAUUGUCCUAUUUGUAGAGCCCCCAUUGUAGUAAAUGUUGUUGAGAUCGAUUCUUCUCAGGUUGUGUCUUCAAGAGAUCAUGGUGCUGAAUAUGGUGGUUCUGAUUUUGAGAUUGUGGUUGAUGCUGGUUCCGAUGAGACUAGAGAGAGUGAUCACGGGAAUGGUAAUGGUAAUGGAGGAGCAAGAACAAGUGUUUCUCUGUCAGAAACUUCUUCCUCGUUUUUGGGGUGCUCUUUGGAGAGAAUGCUUGGCAAGGUUUUCCCAUCGGCUAAUUAAUGUAAAUUAAUUCAUUACAUGCUUGAGAUGUAUAUUCUACACGAUUUACCAUGAAAUGAGCAUCAUCAACUAGGGUUCUCUACA